AUGGCGGUCAAUUUCCCUGCCGAAGAGACGGCGACGCUCAAGCGCUGGCGAGAGAUUGACGCUUUCCAAACGCAACUGCGGCUGUCCAAGGGCAACAAGCCCUACACUUUCUACGAUGGUCCGCCUUUCGCAACGGGGCUGCCGCAUUAUGGCCACCUGCUCACCUCAACCCUAAAAGACAUUAUCCCCAGAUAUUGGUCUAUGAAAGGAUACUAUGUGGAACGGAGGUUUGGCUGGGAUACACACGGCUUGCCGAUCGAGUACGAAAUCGACAAGAAGUUCAAUAUCUCGGGACCGGCGGCCGUCAAAGAGAUGGGUAUUGCGAAAUACAACGCCGAGUGCAAGGCCAUUGUCAUGAGAUAUGCGACCGAGUGGAGGGAAACCAUUGACCGACUCGGCCGGUGGAUCGACUUCGACAACGACUACAAGACCAUGAACCCAGCCUUUAUGGAAUCGGUGUGGUGGGCGUUCAAGCAGUUGUUCGACCAGGGCCAGGUGUACCGCAGUUACCGAGUCAUGCCGUUCUCUACCGCUUUGAGCACACCCCUGAGUCAACAUGAAGCUCAGUCCAACUACAAGGACACCGUAGACCCUGCGGUCGUCGUGGCGUUUCCCCUGGUGGAAGACCCCAAGACAAGCUUGUUGGCGUGGACCACGACACCCUGGACUCUUCCCUCAAACCUGGCCCUUGCGGUACAUCCGGGUUUCGAAUACGUCAAAAUCCUCGACGAGGAAUCCGGCAAGCAGUAUAUCCUGCUCGAAAAGCUGCUGCGGACAUUAUACAAAGACCCGAAGAAGGCCAAGUUUAAGAUUCUGGAAAAGAUGAAGGGCACUGACCUCAAGGGGAAGCAGUAUGAGCCUCUCUUCAACUAUUUCUACGAAGAAUUCAAGGAUCGCGCUUUCAGGGUCUUGAACGCGGCCUAUGUUACAGCCGAGGAUGGUACAGGUAUUGUCCAUCAAGCCCCUGCUUUCGGUGAAGACGAUUUCCGAGUAGGCAUGGAGAAUGGUAUUGUCAGCCAUGACAAACUUCCGCCCAAUCCCGUAGACGAAACAGGUCGCUUCACCAAGGAGGUAUCCGAUUUCGCCGGUCAACAUGUCAAGGAGGCGGACAAACACAUCAUCAAGUAUCUGAAAGGUACAGGAAGACUGGUGCGGGACGGUCAAUUGACCCAUUCGUAUCCAUUCUGUUGGCGGUCAGAUACACCUUUGAUCUAUCGGGCGGUGUCUGGCUGGUUCGUCAACAUUGCAGGUAACGACAAAGUCCCCAGUAUCAUUCCCUUGAUGUUGGACGGCAUUGCGAAAUCACACUGGGUGCCCAAUUUUGUCAAGGAGAAGCGAUUCGCGGAGUGGAUCAAGAACGCUCGAGACUGGAACAUUUCGAGAAAUCGAUAUUGGGGUACGCCAAUCCCGCUCUGGGCCAAUGAGGACUACUCCGAAGUCGUUGCCAUUGGCAGCAUUGAGGAACUGAAGAAGCUCAGUGGUUACGAAGGCGAUAUUACCGACCUUCAUCGUGACAGUGUUGAUCAGAUCACUAUCCCCAGUCAGAAAGGCAACGGAACUCUCCGUCGUGUGGAAGAAGUCUUUGAUUGUUGGUUUGAGUCCGGAAGCAUGCCGUACGCUCAAUCGCAUUAUCCUUUCGAAAAUGCGGACACAUUCGACCAAAAGUUCCCGGGUGACUUCAUUGCCGAAGGUCUCGAUCAGACCCGCGGCUGGUUCUACACUCUGGUCGUUCUCGGUAUCCACCUGAAGAAGAAGAUACCAUUCAAGAACUGCGUCGUCAACGGCAUUGUGCUGGCGGAAGAUGGCAAGAAAAUGUCGAAACGUCUCAAGAACUAUCCUGAUCCGACAACCGUCAUCGACAAAUACGGUGCCGACGCUCUCCGUCUGUAUAUGAUCAACUCGCCCGUCGUGCGAGCCGAAACCCUGAGGUUCAAAGAAUCCGGCGUCAAGGAGAUCGUGGCCAAGGUCCUCCUCCCACUCUGGAACAGCUACAAAUUCUUCGAGGCUCAAGUGGAGCUGUUGAAGAAGGUCGAGGGUAUCGACUAUGUCUUCGAUCCAAAGGCGGAAUCCACCAACACAAAUGUCAUGGACAAAUGGAUCUUGGCCAGCUGUCAGAGCUUGCUCAAGUACAUCAACGAGGAGAUGGCCGCGUAUCGUCUCUACACCGUUGUGCCAGGCCUGCUCAACUUGAUCGACGAGACCACGAAUUGGUACAUCCGAUUCAACCGAAAGCGGCUCAAGGGCGAGUUGGGUCUGGACGACACUCUGCAUGCCCUGAAUUCCCUGUUUGAUGUCCUGUACACCCUCGUCCGUGGACUGGCCCCUUUCACACCGUUUAUUGCUGACCUCAUCUACUCCAAACUCCUGCCUUAUAUCCCGAAAUCUCUGCACGGGGAAGACAUGCGCAGCGUCCACUUCCUCUCCUUCCCCGAAGUCCGGCAAGAACUGUUCGAUCCGGUCGUCGAACGCCGCGUCGCACGAAUGCAAAAGGUCAUCGAGCUUGCUCGACAGUCGCGGGAGCGAAGGACCAUUGGCCUGAAGACUCCUUUGAAGACACUGGUAGUGAUCCACAAGGACCAGCAAUAUCUCGACGACGUCAAGUCUCUCGAGGGAUACAUCACAGAAGAGCUGAAUGUGCGAGACUUGAUCUUGUCCUCCGACGAGGACAAGUACAAUGUGCAAUACAGCGUGACGGCAGACUGGCCCGUGUUGGGCAAGAAGCUGAAGAAGGACGUACAGAAGGUCAAGAAAGCUCUACCGGACGUGACCAGCAAUGACUGCAAAGCGUAUCUCAGUGAGAAGAAGAUCACCGUCGCCGGCAUCGAACUGGUCGAGGGCGAUCUGGUGGUGCGCCGGGCUCUCAAGGAAGACGAGAACUCCAGAAACCAAGAAACAAACACCGACAAUGAUGUUCUGACCAUUCUCGAUGUGGCUAUCUACCCGGAGCUGGCGCAGGAGGGACUCGCCCGGGAGAUCAUCAACCGUGUGCAACAACUGCGGAAGAAAGCCAACUUGAAACCGACCGACGACGUCAAGAUGGAGUACAAAGUGCAAGAGGACCCAGACAAUAUUGGAUUGGAGACGGUGUUUGAGGAGCAGAGUCGAUAUAUCGAGAAGGCGCUGAGGCGGCCGGUGGACAAACACGUCGUGACGGAGUUUGAUGGGCCAGUCACGAAUGGGGACAAGAAUGAGAUCAUCGCGGAAGAGGUGCAGGAGGUGCAAAAGGCGACGUUCUUGUUGAGAUUGCUCAAAUUGUGA